ACAGUUGUGUGUGACUCGGACGUACGUUUUAUUUCACCUUCAUCUUUUUCUGUGCUUUGGAAACCCCACGUUUCUUGAUGCAUUUGGUGUAUCUGCCUUUUUUCUUGUUUUGUUUUUAAAUUAUCAACACCUGCCUGAUCCCAUUUUUGUCAAACCAUUUGACAACUGGCACAGAGCAGGAUCAACCAAGAAUGUCAGUCCCCCGAAACUCCUCCAGUGGCUUUGAAGCAAUUUUCUCUACUCUACAGAAUGCAGGGGAUGCAAAGAGCACCUUGAAUGUUCUCAAUGUCCUGGAUGAACUUCUCUCAGCAGGUUCUGAUGGUCGUAUUCGCUACAUGAUCAGUAAAGGUGGAAGCGAGUCCUUGCUGAACGCACUGGUCCAAUAUGGCAGCAGGUUCAGUCCCGACUACACCAUUCUGUUGCCCAUACUAUACUUGGUGGCCAAAGUUGGACACAAAGACUGUGGUAUUGGUAAGAAGGCCGAGGAGGCUGGAGCUGUUCUGCUGAUUUUCAACCUGCUCAAAAACAACAUUCAACAUGCCAGGAGGGCUGAAGCAUGCCUCUUAGUCAUCCAAGUUUUUGCUGCAUCAGUUUCCACAGCAAAAUCUAUUGGGUCAAUCCAAGGGCUGGAUAUCAUCUACAACCUUAUCCCAAAUUACACCACCAAGAAUCUGCAAACAAUUAAGGCAUCCAUUAAUGCAUUUGCUGCGCUGCUUUCCUCAAAGGAUAACAUCUGCUCAGCAGUGUCCAAGGGUUAUGUGUCAGGCCUCCUACUGCUGUAUGAGGAAUGGCACAGCAAGGACACUAAACAUUUUGCAAUUGACAUCCUCCAGGCACUGCUACAAUGCUUUGAUAAAAUCACACGCAGUGCUGUAGGAAGAGACGCUUUCGUGUCCCAAGGAGGCAUCCGACUUCUUUAUCAUACUACUCAGACAUGCUUGUUGAAUACAUGUCAGGAGUCACUAGUAGAGUCAUCGGUUCAGCUGAUGAGAUGGUGCCUGCCUAAGACUCCACUACCACUGACAUCAGAUCAAUCAGCAUACUGCUUCCCCUUGCCUAGAAGACAUCAUGUUCUUGAUGUGGCUGCCACUUCAGAUGAAAGCAAUGGUGAGAUUGAUGGUGAUAAGGUGGAGGAAGAUUACCAAGAGGCUCAGAGUAAAGACUAUGAUGAUGACUUGGAGACUGACCUGAACAAACUUUGUCUUCGUCCUGCCUUAGACAGACCCAAAGAGCUACUGCCACAGUACAGCCGUCUUUGUCCUGAACUCUCACAUGACUUCCUGGAGGAGCUGGAUUUGAGCUCACCCUCAUCAUCCUCCUCUGAUGACGAAACUGGGAAUUGUAACAGUUUACCGCUUCACUCCUUCAGGGGGGGGGGGGAAGUACUGAUGUUUUCGGCCGAGACAGAAAAUGGCACAUCAGGUCACACCAAAUCAGCUGCUAGCCGAUUUAAGGCAAAAGAUUUCUACAGUCAUACUGGGAUCCUUAACACCAGCUCUGAAGUUGGAAUCAAGGCUGGACAGACAAGGGGAGAACCCAAGUCAGGUCUGACAAAUGAUCAGCAGAACGAUAAAGGCGAGGGAAAUGGAAAAUCUUACAACUCUACCACGAUAGGCAACUUAAUCGACAUUCAUGGGGUUGUCAUCCCUUUCCACGAACCCAGUAUGUAUCGUGCUGCAGCCAUCAAAACAAAAUCUGUUCCAGGAUUCAGCACCCUUGCUUUCCCUGAUUUCUGGGGUCAGGUCCCACCACCAGGAAAUGAACCCAUGGCUCCACGCAAGCCCAACAUCCAGAGGCAGAAAGUGCUUGAAGAUAUCCAACGUUUCUUGAAUUCUGAUACCAUCAACCAAGUUGUCUUCGACCUGGAAGACGACAGUUUACAGUUUCCACCAGACAAGCCAGACUCCUUGAGAUUCUUUUCCAGUUUUGAAUGUGGUAACCUCAGAAAGGCUAUUCAGGUUCGCAGAUAUGAGUAUGACCUAAUAUUGAAUGCCGACGCCAACUGUUCCCAGCACAGCCAGUGGUUUUAUUUUGAAGUCAGUAACAUGGUGCCUGACGUUCCCUACCGUUUCAAUGUCAUCAACUGUGAGAAGAGCAACAGCCAGUUCAACUAUGGAAUGCAGCCAGUGCUAUAUUCAGUACGGGAUGCAUUAAACGGUAAACCCCAUUGGCUCCGGUCUGGGACAGAAAUUUGUUAUUUCAGAAACUACUUCUGUCCAGUUCGUGGCAGUCAGAGGACUACAUUUUAUACACUGACAUUCACCAUCACCUUCAAAUACGAUGAGGAUGUCUGUUACCUGGCCUACCAUUACCCUUACACUUACUCUGCUCUCAGGACUCAUCUGAAUUUGCUGCAUAGAUCAGUUGAUCCUGCCAAGGUGUUUUUCCGGCAGCAGGUUCUUUGUGCUACUCUAGCUGGAAACUCCUGCCCAGUUGUUACCAUCACUGCAUGUCCUCCCAGCAAGUGCUAUACAGAUAUUCAUCAGCUGCGUAACCGCCACUGCAUUGUGCUAACAAGUCGUGUCCAUCCCGGUGAAUCCAAUGCCAGCUGGGUAAUGAAAGGCACCCUAGAGUUUCUUUGCAGUAAUGAUCCAAUAGCCAAGGCACUGAGAGAGACAUUUGUCUUCAAGAUCAUCCCCAUGUUAAAUCCAGAUGGGGUCAUUAAUGGAACGAAUCGCUGUGAUCUGAGCAGAGAGGAUUUGAAUCGUCAGUGGUGUAAACCAGACCCCAUUCUCUGUCCAACCAUCUACCAUAGCAAGGGCUUCCUCUACUAUCUCAACAGUAUUGGACGAUCUCCCAUGGUCUUCUGUGACUAUCACGGCCACUCUCGAAAAAAGAAUGUUUUCUUGUAUGGCUGCAGUGUAAAGGAAACUCUAUGGCAAUCAGGUUCUACUGUUGACACUGCAGGACUGAAAGAAGACCCUGGAUAUAGGACGAUUGCCAAGGCCUUGGAUCGAAUUGCACCAGCCUUUUCUUUCAACAGCUGCAACUACAUGGUGGAGAAGUCCCGUUCUGCCACUGCCAGAAUUGUUGUCUGGAAAGAAUUGGGCGUGCUGAGAAGUUAUACCAUGGAAAGCACUUACAAUGGUUUUGACCAAGGAAUAUACAAGGGUCUGCAGACAAGAACCAGGGAGCUGGAAGAAAUGGGAAUGAAGUUUUGCCACAGUCUGCUCUCCGUGACUAUAGAGACAAGGGCACUUUAUGGCAGGAGUCUCAUCAACCGCAUGAAUCUGGGACAUAACAUCCUCGAUCAUAAGUCACACAACUGUUUUGAAGAGGAUGAGCCCCCAUGCGUUGAAGAAAUUGAAUAUUCCACGGGGUCUCGUGGUCUGAAAGGCAAUGAUUUAGAAUUGGAUGUAAACAGAUGCAUGGCCAACAUUGAUGCAGAGGGUGACGCCGAAGGACAAACGGCAGGGCAAUAACGGCAAGGUGGUGUCAGCCAUUCACAACAGUCAAGUCGCGUGCUCCCUCACCUGAUAACGCAGAUGUCCAUUGAAACUCUAGAUGAAUCAAGAAACAAGUGCGCUCAUGUGACUUGCACCAAUGGGACCACAUCUGAGCUGAGAGGUAUCAAUUGGAACUUGUCUUUCAAUUGAGUUUUUAAAAUUGAAUCUGAUAUUAUGAUAUGACCCAAGUGCGUAACACUACCUGGAUACUGUAAUCAUGUCUCCACUAUUCUACUCAGUUGUGGCCCGUGAUCUUUGCCUCACUAAAUAUUUAAAUCAUUUGGGUCUGCUACAUUGUCAUAGUCAUUGCUAUUUAUUGAUCUACGUUAGAUUUCUGACGAUAUUUUCUGUUGUAGUAACACAAAACGUAUCUAUUGUUGCAUGGAUAUGGUUUUUGAAGGCAUUUUUGUUUGUUUUUGUAGUUUGCCAAGAUUUAUUUCUACCAAAAAAAAAAACGAGACUGAGAAAUCUUGACCUCGUCUAUAUUGCCUCAUCAAUGCAGAAUGUUUUGAUAUUCAAAUUUCUAAUUAAAAUCAAUAGCAUGGCCGAUUAGAAGCCUUGCUGCUGGCUAAGGAGAAGAAUUCAGUUGGA